AUGGUGGAAUCACAAGGAUCGAAAAGACAAGACGCUGUUUACUCUUUAAGCUGUAACAACAUCAAUCAGGUAAGGCUUUGUAGGUAUACCUACUUUUAAGGGUAGGUGGGGUAACGCAGAGUAAGUUGGGGUAGGUUAAGACAGGUUACAAUAGGGUAGGAUAAAGUAUGAUAAAGUAGAAUAAAGCUCGUUUAAAGCUAGGGUAAGUGAAUGCUAAAAAAAAUCAAAAAGUCAAGCAAAGCCUAUUAAUCUAGGUAUACCUACUUCUUUUUGAUGCCACAUCAAUACUGAUUGACUAAAAUCGUUAAAACUGCCAAAUUAUAAACAACAUACUACGUUCUUCCUUUUUUAAAUGUAAAAAAAUAUACGUUCCGAACUAAAUUGUAGGUAAUCUUGAUUUAACUAAACCAUACUCUAUAUUUUAUACUAGAGUAGAACUAUUUCUUUUUCAAUUCCACAAAGAUAUUAACCAACCAAAUUUGCUAAAACUUUACCAAAUCAUACCCAAAAUACCACUAAUCAAUAAAACGAUACUACUUUACCAUACCCAAUUCUAAAACUUUCAAAAUUUUAAGUUAUACCCAUGGUCAGACAUUCCUCAAACCCUCGAGAACCUGGAGCACGAAGACUGUCGCUAUGGCCAACAAUUCGAUCCCAUUGUCGACAAGAACAUCAGCUUCACAUGUGGCCCACGUGAAUAUUUGGCCAGUGUCGUCAGAUUAUUCGGAACCAAGUAGGUUUCACAAGCCUAACAAGCAAACAUGAAUAAUAUCCGAUAUUGGGCGAGCAAACAGGCGUAAUAUCUGAUAAUGUUCAUGAAUUAUGGCUUGUUUGUGACUGAAAUAGAAUGUAAAACAUAUAAUAGUUGCUUGAUUUAAUACUAAAUUCAAAACUAUAAUAAGAACCCUAUUUUAAGUAUCCAACUUGGCUGUUGUAAGCUUCGAACUCGCGAUGAAAUGAACUGUAAAACUCAUCGUUUCGGCAAACCAUAUGGUUCGGAAGUUAGAACUGAAAUCGAGUAAGUUUAUCAUUUUUAUCCUAUCUUCUAUACCUCAACCCAUCACAUAGUAACUUUACUUACAUUAAUUAUGUUAAAAAUGCUUGUUUAACAAAAAAAAAUUUUAUUUUAAAAUUGUUCAAAAUUUCCGAGCUAUACAGCUGUAGCUACAGCCCAAAAAUUUGCUUUGAGAGGGAGCUCAGAAUUAUUUGAACAACCUAAUAUUUCAAAGUUUUUCUUGAUUAUUUUGGUCUUUUUUAAAUAUUUGAAAUUUUGUUGAGUAUUUUAAUUUUUUUAAAUUCCAGGUUAAAUGCCAAGUUGAUCAACGCCUUAUCAGUCGAAGGAAACACAUAUUUAGUCAGAUUUUGCGAUUUGACACCCAGAGCUUCAAGUAAGUGUUAAUACUAGUUUUUUCAAAUAAUUCUGUGCCCUUUCAAAGCAAGUUUUGUUUGAGUUAAAGGCACAUAAUUAAUUGAACAAUCUAACAAAAUAUCUUUUUAUGAACGUUAUUUUUCAGCAUGAUACUAUGUUAUAAUCUUUAAAAUAGAAAUUUUGAGGUUCUUCAAUUUUUAAAUUUACAAAUUUACAGGUGACAUCCUGGAAGAAGCUCGUUCAACAACUACAAGAAAGCCUACACCUGCAACUACUGCCACUGUGACUUCUACCACUCAAAGUACUACAGAAAAAGCUACAACUCAAAAAGGUAAACUUAAGAAAUAUGUUUUAUAUGACCUCUUUCUACUAAAAUAAUACCUAAAUUGCAAAAACAAUUGUUUCUUAAGCACUUACGGAACAAGUUGAGAUCGAAAAUCAACCAAAAAAUUUUAAACUUUCACUUUACGUCACCCUCAACAAAUAAGUAAAUGCCAUUUCCAGUUGACGAACAAAAGCAGCAAGUCCACAAACCAACUCCAGAAGAAAAGUCCGACCUUCCAGAUGGUCAACCAAUUGAUAUGCUGAAGACUUUGUUAAUACCAAAAGAAAAACAACCUAAGGACGACUCAGUACUGGUCCACAAUUCCAGACCAUUAAGACCAAUUCAUGGUAGUCCAAAUUUGGCACUUCAUGAUGGUGGAGAUGAAUCAUCAUCGACCACGGUGAAGCCAAAGAAAAAUAAAGCCAUGAAGGUGCCCGCUACAACAAUGAGAGUGAUUCUGGAAUCUACUACCGAAGACAUUACUACUGAGACUACAGAAGGGGCUAUUGAAGCAGCAGAAAGAGCUACUGAAACAACAGAAGUUGCUACUGAAUCGAAGUCUUCUACAGGAGCUAAAAAGUCAGAAUCCACUACAGAAGUUUCUGAAACUAACACCCAGGUUACUGAAAAAACUUCAGAACUCAGCCACAGUACUACAGAAGCUACUGAAAAUGAUUCAGAAGCCGCCAAACAAACUACCCAAUCUUCUGAUGACAAUACAUCAGAAUCAGAAGCUACACAGCCUUCUUCCGUGCCAAAAGAAUCUAAAAACAGUCUUCCAAAGAUGAUGUUCAAAAAGGUUGAUGAAAACGACAAUGAAGAAGACGCUACAGAAGCCACGUCACAAAUUCCACUCCAUCGUGGACAUUUUGAGCGACAACAAGUGACUCCAGAAGUUGUUACAGCUACAAUGGGACGCACGGAUGCUACUGAAGCUUCUACGCUAGUGGAAUCUAGUUCUACUGAGAAAACAACGUCAGAAUCGGAAGGUAAAUCAAAAACCAAAGUUGAAACGGAAUCUACUUCAACAUCUGAAGCACAACAAGAAGUUACUUCAGAAUCAGAAGCCACAGAGCAAUCUUCACCUACUACAACAUCGUCAGAAUCCACAAAAACAGUAGAGAAAUCACAAACAGAGCAAGAAACUGAAUCGACUUCCGAGUCCACCACAGAAUCCUCAAAACCAACCAAGAAAAUCGCAAUUCAUGAGCACGAUGCUCGUGAUGAAAUCCCAAAACCACAAGAAUUCGCGGUGCAAGGAGUAAAGACCAUUAACAAGAUCAAGUCACCCAAAGCUUCUCUAGCAGAUAACGAUGAACUGACCGAAGAUGAAAAGAAAGAAGCCGAUUCUUUGAUGAAAUCGUUGAUGGGCAUCAUGGAUGCUGAGAAAGCGUUAUCUGAAGGCAGAACCCCAAGUGAACAUGAACAGAGAGAGGCUGAGAGAUACUUGAGGUAGGUUGAGGCAUGACGUUUAAGGAUGAAUAAGAUAAGGCUAGAUAAAGCAUGAACAAGAUAGGAAUAGAAUAGUUAUGCCAAGAAGAAUAAUAUAAUGUUAGGGUAGGUAUACCAGCUCUAACCAACAAUUUUUAAGUUUUCUUGAAGAGUAAGCUAAAGCUGGAAUAAGGCUGGCGAUCGUCUUCAACCCCUAAAGACACAAAAAAAAACAAAAAAUGUUGACUUACAUUAACAUUUUUAAUGAUGAAAUUACUGUCUGUUGAAUAUUGUCUAAACCUGAAGAAUUCAGGCUAGUCCAAUCCCAAAUUUGUUUAAAUUUCUCUCAUCUGGCACGUCCUUGUCUACUUUUUUGCUAUUCAAUAGAUUUAGGUCGUUUUAGGACAAAUUGGUUGCGUUUUCUUCAACUCCUGAAACAUAUUAAUGUAGAUCAACUAAAACACCAAAUUCUGGCUCAAAUUUUACCUAAAUCUUACGUUAAAAGUUAGAAUAUAACCUACUUUACCUAUAAUAACGUUAAUUAACCAAAACUGUCUCAGCCAUUAGAGUCAGUUCUUUUCGCAAAGAUGACUUACGUUUUGUGCUCCGAAAUCAGCUGGAUCGGUGCCUUUCAACGCCUCAUAACGAGCCGAAUCUUUUCAAAAACCCUGAGAAAUAUGUCUAAAUAGUUAGAAUAGUUAAUAAGGAAGAAUUAUAAGCCAAAAUAAAUUCAAAACAACGUUAAAUUAACAGUAAAACCAAUCAAUACCCGCGACAUACCACAAUAUUGCGAAAAAUAUUUUAUUUUUUUGCGCUGAAAUAUUGGCCGCGGCUUGCCAUCGUUGUUUGCCAUUUUUGAAAUUUAAAAUAGACACUUUUCUUGACUGGGAUAUGACUGGGGUAGGGGUAGAGUAAAGCAUGAUAAAUAAUAGUUCUGACUUUUUAGAGAACGUAUGAACGAAAUGGAACGAAAACAUUUUGAACGGUUAGAACAACAACAACAAGAAGAAGAACAACAAGAAGCGUUUGAAAAGGAAGUAAAGCCAGAUGUAGCUGAAAACAGAGACUUUGCAGAACAAGUUGAAAUCGAAAACAAGGUAAAUUUAACUUGAAAUGUGGUUUAAAAUAACUAAAAGACUAGAUUGUUACCUAAAAUUUUUGAUUUUAAAGUUUUUUUUUUAAUUUUUGAAGUUUAAAAUUUUAAAAAUUAAAAAAUAUUGUUUUAGAGAGUAGACGAAUACACUCCGGAGGCACCAUUUGAUUUUGGAGCGUUCCCAUCACCUCCACCCAAUACUGAGCUCCAGACCAACAUUCCUCAACUACCUCUUCGACCUCAACGUCCUAAAUCAUUGAUGAUUACCGAGCCAGUAGAAAGAUCACAUACCACAUCAUCAUUUAUCGAAAAAGAAGACAAUCCACCAUCAUAUACUGACGACAAACAUAAUAAACCAUCCGAACAUACACCAUCGUAUGUUGAAGAGGCUGGUCAAGAACAAGAAUUCGUCGAAGACCUAUCUACAACAUUAAAAACCCGUCGUCCACGGCCGAAACCAACCACAGAAUCGCCAUAUUUGGUGGCAGAAGACCCUGUAUACUUGGAACAAGAAAGAAUACGACAAGACCGUUACUACGGUAGAAGAUUGCCAUUGGAAAGAGGCAGACACAAUGGGAAAGUGAGAGGCGGCAGACCGUCAAACUUGUAUAUUGAUGAAGAAACCGAGACCUCUCCCUUUGAUUUUGGUGACAUUCAAGAACCAGCCCCCUUACCCUCAAGAUAUACCCCUGCCAGACAUAGACAUCGUCUUAUUGUGGCUAGCCAAGAGGAUGAUCAGCCCAGCAGAAGGUUCAACUUGAAUAGAGAAGAGGAAUCUGUGGGACCGAGGACACCUUUCGACCCUGAAGUUCGUCGUUCACCCAUUCCACGUGAGCUUUUUUACAAUAAUUAAGCAUCUGUAAGAAUACAUGGCCAUGUACAUGGUUUUGGCAAUUUAAGGCAAUAUAUACCUCUAUUUUUUUAAUUUAAAAAUAUUUUACUUUUGAUUUUUUUUUUAAUUUAAAUUUUUCUGAAAAUUUUUUCAUUUUUAUUUCAAAAAUUUGAAAUUUGUGGGUUUUUAAGUGAAAAAUAAGUUUUUUAGCAAAAAAAAGUAACUUAUUGUACCAAUUUAUUCUUUUACUUUAUGUAAUAAACAAAUUUUUAAAUAAAUUUUUGGAUUUUCUUUUUUGAAAAAAAUGAAAAAAAAACAUUUCGCAACAUGACUUGUAGGGUAACUUAAGGAAACCAUCAGAGUUUAUUUUGUUUUUUGAUUAAAAUUACAAUUUUUUAUGGCAAAAAAGCAAGUUUUUUUUAAGUUUUAAGCUUGCCUUUACUCCUAGCCUCGGUUUAACUCAAUUUUUUUUCAAAUAAGCAAAGCUGUGCCAUUCUUUAUUAUACGGGCAAAUUUUAUACCUAUCUUUUUAAGAAAGAAAGGUAUGUUUUGAAGCUUAAAAUUUGUUUUAGUACUAUUCUGAGCCCGUCUUCGAAGCAAAUGUUAGGGAUUAGGUAGCGCAGAAUUUUUUGAACAGAUGUCUGUCCUUGUAAGAUUACUUACAAGGGAAUUCUAUAACCUUAUAUAUUGAUUUUGUUUUUGAAAUAUACAUCGUUUUAAAGAGCGUAAAAAGUUGUUCUUUAAUCUGUUUUUAAAGUUAGCAAAACGCUUUUGGCUAGCGAGUUAUGGCUUUAUUUUGACUAAAAAUAGCCGUUUUUAAUUUAACGAAUAGCUUUUUUAAGUCAUUUUAUGCUGAUUUUGGGUUGAUUUUGACCUGAUUUUUAAAUUUUAUCAAUAAGAAGGUACCUAAUUUAAAAAACUUUAAAAUUUUCAUUUCAAAAAUCCAUUAUUUGCCGCUUCCCGCUUCACUUUAAUUAAUCUGAUACUAACGUUUUGCUGUUUUUAGGCAUUGGCGCUGAACUAACGGGCUUUAUGGAGCUGUCGGAGAAACCUUAUUUGCAUGCUGGUAGUACGAAUCGUAGGAGACAGAGUAAAAUACAUGAUAAUGAUUAUGUAAAGCCAUUGGCUUCGGUUGAUGAGGUACAGAGGGCAUCGGUUGGACAUGUUCACGAUGGUAAUACCAUGUACAGUCCGGAUAAUAACAAACCGUUGGAGAUGUCAAGUAAGGUUUUGUUACCUACAAUUCUGUUUUUUUGGCCAUUUUCUUACCUAAAAAUUGAAUUUUUUUCACAUUUUGUUACCUAAAAUGCUAUUUUUUGAUUAUUUUGUUACCUAAAAUACUGUUUUUGGCUAUUUUGUUACCUAAAAUACUAUUACAUUUCAGAAAUGCUAGAAGUAGUUGAACAACAAGACGAUCAAGUAGAAGAAAUUACAGUACCACCAAAGAUCUUUAAGAAAAAGGUGAAAAAAGUGAUUCGUCGACCAAGACCAGUACCAUUGAGAGUGGUCGACAAUGAUUUUUUAGUACCAAUGACACAAAACUCAGAAGAUGGCGCUACUACAACCGUGGAGCAAAAUGAAUCCGUUAAUUCAAAAAUGACAGCUUCUGGGCACAAAUCGUCUUCAGAUGGCUAUAAAGUGGUACCAGUGGAACCAGUAAUACCAAAAAGAUCAUCAGUAAGCUCAGUAGAGGAGUUGGUAGCAAAACAACAUGUAAAUCAAGCUAAUGGUACUACAGAUGAUACUCAUAUUCAUGAAGAAGCUCCUCAAGAUUCAGAAGAUUUUGAAGAAAUUAAGGCUACAGAAGAUACUGUAGCCAACUUAAGGAUUCUAAAGCACCCAAAUCAUGAUGAUAAUGAAAAAAGGUUUGAAGAUAUUAACCAGCAAAGUAGCAUCGACUCAAGUGUAAGCCAGAUUGAGAAGGAACAUGGUACUGAUAGUACGUUGGGUAGUACUAAAGAUAGUACGGAGAGUAGUACUGCAGCUAGUAAGGAUAGUACGAUAAGCGGUGCUCAUGUUACGACGAUGAGUACGAGUAGUACUGAAGUUGAAGUUACUACACCAGAAGAGCCAAGUACAACAACAUUGUACGAUCCGAAGUUCUUCUACCAAACUCCAAAGAUCAAGAGACGGCAAGAGAAGGAGAGAUGUAAGUUCUUACUGUAACUUUGUUGUAGCUCCUUACUUUACAAUACCCUACUCUAUUAUACCCUGCUUUACCCUACCUUACUAUACUCCACCUUGCUCUACCUUAUAAUUUCCCACUUUACCCUGCUUUGCCAUACCCAAGUCUUAUAAAUACCCUUUCCCUUCUAAAUCAAGCCAAUAUUUAUGUCAUAAUGACCCAUUUUCCAGACCUAACCUUCUGCUCAAAAGAAAUGGCAAUCCGAGACCAGGACGACAUGCCAGUGGCUUGUGGCCUGGACAAUGAAGUCUGGUAUCCUCCACGAUGCCCCGAGAACACGGAAUGCUUCUACACUCACGAUUCAUUUUACAGAAUCUGCUGUCCGGUUGGUCGACCAUAAACCCCAAAAAUACGUGUACAUUUCUAAUUUAUACAACAGUUCAAAGCUGGUCUUUAUUUAUAUUUUUAGAAUAAAUAUUUAUGACAUUGUGUUUGAUGCCGUAUUUUACAUUUUAAGAUAUUUAGUUAACAACUGGUGUUUUUCUUCUCAAAGCAUCCGGUAAUCGACCGGUCGUUAGCUAAGGGCGUGGCUAAAAACGAGUCAUCUUUUGAACAAUCCUUGAAGCAACUGAUGAAUACCUAAACAAAAUGUCAAAAUUUAAUCUAAUUUGAAAAUUAGGCAUGGUAAAAGUAUUUUUAAAGGGUAGUGAGGGGGAGAAGAAACAUAAAAAUCAUUUUUUGGAUUGAUUAUAGCAUUUCUUUUUUGAUAAGAAGAGGUGAAAAGGCAAAUUAUGCUAUUUUUGGCUUGGGCGAGGUAAAAUUUUUAGAAAAUUCGGUUGUGAGGAAGGGAGGGGGGGGGGAUAAAAACUUUUUUUUUAAUUGUAAAAAACCUAAAUAUUCUUCUGUAAUCUAAAUUAUGCAUGCAGAACUAUUCAGUACAAUAAAACUUUUUUUUCAGUGCUUUAUAGCAUUACUAAAUGUCACUGUACGUCAUAGUGGUCGAAAGCACAAAUAUUUUAAAAAAUCUAAAAUUUAGGUAAAUUCACACCUUAAGGAUGAUAAGAUCUUUCUAUGUGUUUUAUAGUUCAAGCUCUCAACUUAUUAUACUUUGUAACAGAAUUUUGGCGCAUUUUGUACUAACAUUUCUAGGUCUAAACAAAUCUGGAAAGCCAGUAGCACUUCCUAGUCAUAUACCAAAAGACGUUUUAAGCCACGUGAAGAACAUAAAACAAGGCUCUGCUACAAGAACUUACUGUGCUGUUCAUCCGGAUGUUAGCAGAGUAAGUCUAAUUAAAAAACUUUACCAUGGUCUUGGUUUAGGUAUCCGGGCACUACUUUGCUGAUUGUUGGGACGAUGAAGACACUUUGGCUAAAGACUUGGUCAAUGACCGUCGAUUGCAAGAUGCUUUGUGGAAUAAAAGUAUCAGCAUGAUUAAAGACGCUGGAUUUCAAUUAUAA